AUGUCGCGACAGGAGCUUGUUGAAGCUGCCCGAAACCUCGGGACUGUUGGUCCAAUCUCGCGAGCCCUGGCACAAAGGCCGCCGUCGCCUGUCAAUUUUAUACAUCAUUCAGAUAUGCCUUUUUUUGACGCCUUUCGGCAUGCCAUUGUCCCCGGCACGUCUUUCUUCUUCCCGUCGAGCUUCUGGAAACGUACCGUUAUACAGAUGGCUCACCGCGAACCCGCCAUUUGGCAUGCUACAGUCGCACUUGGCGCUCUUCAUCAGCGAUCAGAGAUGCUGCUUCAAGGUACAGAGGAUGACACAAGUCUUCUCCUUAACCAGGCCUCUGCACACUACGGCAAAGCAAUGGCUUUGGUAAAGGAUCUCCAUUCACCAGAGACGAUGGCAGCCGUCGCAAUUGCACUUGUAGCAGCUGCAAACAUGCUUGAGCGAUGGUCUGAGAUGCACAUGCAUGUGAUGGCAGGUUUCAGAAUCAUUGCAGAAAAUGUCGCGCGUGUCCCGGGCCUCGUAGCCCUCGAAGGGUUGCUAGCAAAGAGCGACCUACAAGCUAUGACAUUUAGCGACAGUCAGUGCCCUUACCCUUACGAGCAAUCAUCUGCUGUCUUUGCCAUGAAUGGGUUUCUUGCUUCCCCUUUCACAGACUGCGGGUCUUACGAAGAGCUUGCCAGAGAGUUCUUCAGGCUCAUGAGGGCUCUAUUUCUUCUCGACAACAGCACUCCUCCAUCAAAUGCUCAGCAUGGCCCAUGGCUCACAACCUUUGAAGUCUUCAGUCGAAGACUGGUUUCAUGGGAGUUGAAGAUGCAGGAAUUCGAAUCGGCACACUGGCCCACCGAUGAUGAGCACACAGCAAGACUUGCAAUACGACUGUACCAUGUGACUCUCAGGACGCUACUUCGAGGAACAGCCCUUGGUCCCGAGACUCGUUGGGAUACACUUCUCGGUUACUUUGAGUACGCAGCCGCACUUGCUACCUCCCUGCACGAGCGUCUCCAUACCGCCGCUAUACCAAAUAUCAGUGUUGAGCCUGGUUUGAUCAUUCCGCUGUGGAUGAUCAGCCAUCGAUGCCGACACCCUGCUCUGCGCCGGGUCGCGAUCAACAUGAUGGCAGAGGCGAAGAGGAUCGAGGGCAUGUGGAUGAGCGACGCCACUGCCCAGGUGAUGAAGACUAUUCUAGCCGUAGAAGAGGAAUCUAUUGGUAGCAGCGUCCAUGUUUUGACGCCACCCCGGUUAGAUUCAUCGUCGCUGGACAUUCCGUGGCAUGCGUGGUCCAAGCCAGGGUUUGAUGUUCCCACCACGCUCAGUUGGUCUGAUGUGCCAGUCAUACCGGAAGAGAACCGGGUGAAGGAGCUUCUCGGCACGAAGCGAGUUGGGAAGCGGGCUGCUGACCUUCGGCUUUUGAUGGGUUCGGCUGAUGAUGAGAAUUCGUUUGGGCUAGUCAGGGAGAUAAGCAUAAGUUUCUAG